CACAAGCUGCGGGAGAGGCCCGGCGUCGUCGCCGGGCGGCGGCGCUAACAGACGCCGGGACGGACCUCCGCGGGGCCGAGCGCGACCCGAGGCGGCGGAAGACAGGCGCGUCGUGGCUCCAGCGUAGUGUCACUUCAUGAAUUCCUUUGGGCAACCCAGAUCAGAAGAUAACCAGUCAGUAGUCAGCAGAAUGCAAAAGAAAUACUGGAAAACUAAACAAGUCUUCAUCAAAGCAACAGGAAAAAAAGAGGAUGAGCAUGUUGUGGCAUCUGAUGCUGAACUGGAUGCUAAACUUGAGGUUUUUCACUCCAUUCAAGAGACAUGCACUGAACUUCUGAAGAUAGUUGAAAAAUAUCAGCUAAGACUCAAUGUCAUAUCAGAGGAAGAAAAUGAGCUAGGGCUCUUUUUAAAGUUUCAAGCAGAACGGGAUGUCACUCAAGCUGGCAAAAUAAUGGAUGCCACUGGCAAGGCACUCUGUUCUUCAGCCAAGCAAAGAUUAGCCCUGUAUACUCCCCUGUCUCGACUUAAACAAGAAGUAGCAACAUUCAGUCAAAGGGCAGUAUCUGAUACCUUGAUGACAAUUAAUCGGAUGGAACAGGCACGCACAGAAUACAGAGGAGCUCUGCUGUGGAUGAAAGAUGUAUCCCAAGAACUGGACCCAGACACCUUAAAACAAAUGGAAAAAUUCAGAAAAGUACAGAUCCAAGUGAGAAAUAGCAAAGCUUCUUUUGACAAGUUAAAGAUGGAUGUUUGCCAGAAAGUGGAUUUACUUGGAGCUAGUCGCUGCAAUAUGUUAUCUCAUUCCCUCACUACCUACCAGAGAACACUGCUUGGAUUCUGGGAAAAAACAGCUCGAAUGAUGUCCCAAAUCUAUGGGGAAUGUGUUGACUCCUACCCAUAUGAUUUUGUAGCUCUCAAGCGACUGCAAGACACUUCAAGCAAGCUUACAGAAGACCACAAAGAAGAACAAAUAGAAAACAAUUCUCUUACUGAAAACCUCAAUAAAUUAGUUUUGUUAAAUGAGGAAGCAAACUUGGGAAGUGAACCAGCAACUGAAGAUCACAAGGAGAAACAUUUUCAAAUGAGAGAUUCUGGAACACCUCUGUUUUCUAACUCUGAAAAUGUUGCAAAAGAUCUCCUUGUAGAUUCACUGGAAGGAGAGGAUUUUGAGAAGGAAUUUUCAUUUCUGAACAAUCUCCUAAGUCCUGGUUCUUCAAGUACUAGUGAAUUUACCCAAGAAUGCCAGACUGCACAUGGGAGCCCCAAUACCAGCCUUACGUCCCAGGAGCCUUCUCUGGGGUCUGAGCCUCUUGCUCAUUCUUCUGGAUUCCUUCCUUCACAGCUCUUUGACCUUGGCCUUCAUGCUGCUGGAGCUUUCAACAGCUUGGCCCGUCAUAGAGGAUCAGAGCUUCCUCUUCCCCACAUGGAUAAUGAGUCAGUGCCUUCACAGAGCCCAAAGAAGUUAACAAGCUCUCCUAACAAUGGUAACCAAGACAUGUCAGCCUGGUUCAGUCUGUUUGCAGACUUGGAUCCACUUUCAAACCCAGAUGCUAUUGGACACUCAGAUGAUGAACUUCUUAAUGCCUGACUAAAGUUAUAAUGUCACUUCAGUGGCCUUGAGACAUCAAUUUUGCAACAUACUGCCUUUGUGAAAAGGAGUUUAUAUUGUAACCACACACAAAGCAUGUUGUUUGCGAAUACUUGUUAGCCAGCCCUAGACAGAUAGUAAAGAUCACAAUUGAAUAUAUUAAGUACACCCUUAAUAUCUUGGAUUUGUGACUCUUGAUAAUAUGUGGAAAACAUGAAAAACAAUCAUGUCCAAAAUAGAUACCCAAAUUUUUUAAAAAAAAAAAAACAAAAACACAGGAAUAAUU